AUGGCAUUUCAUAUUGGUGAUAAAGCUCUUCUUAAAGUGUCACCCAUGAAAGGGGUGAUGAGAUUUGCCAAGAAAGGCAAGCUUAGUCCACGAUACAUUAGUCCAUUUGAGAUUCUUGACUGUGUAGGGCCAAUGGCUAAUAGAUUGUCUUUACCACCUAGCUUAUCUGGAGUUCAUCUAGUGUUUCAUGUGUCCAUAUUGAAAAAGUACCAUGGGGACAGAGAUUACAUCAUAAAGUGGGAAUCAGUAUUGUUAGACAAGGAUCUUCAGUAUGAGGAGGAACCGGUUGCAAUUCUUGAUCGUGAUGUACGGAAACUGAGGACCAAAGAGAUUAAGUCUAUGAAGGUUCAGUGA